AUGAGCAAUCGCAGAAUCGUUGUAUCCAUAGAUUUUGGAACGACAUACUCAGGUGUCGCUUGGGCUGACACAACUCGGCCUGAUGUUCAACAUGUCUUGACAGAAUGGCCCUCGGCCGGCUCUUCGAAGAGCAGUCCCAAAGUACCAACUGAGCUCCGAAGAGUGGCGAAUGGGUGGCAGUGGGGAUUUCAGAUUCCUGAGUCUGCGAAGAGGAUCAGAAAGCUGGAUGAUCCAGCCCAGAUCACCAAAGAGGGGGAAUCGGCAAAAGACCUGACCAAGGUCUAUCUAUCAUGCCUUCAUGAGCAUUUCGUCAGUCUACUUGAAAAGAGACUAUCGCCGAGUGUGGUAAAAUCGACACCCAUGGACUUUGUCGUCACGGUCCCCGCUAUUUGGUCGCCAAAAGCAAAGCAGUCGACGGAGCAGGCCGCAGCCAUGGCAGGAUUUUGUGGUAAUCAGAGGAUCCAGCUCAUAUCAGAACCGGAAGCAGCCGCUUUGUACACCCUCAAGACCCUUAGCCCCUCUACAUUACAAGUAGGUCGAAAAUUUGUUGUUUGCGAUGCGGGAGGCGGCACCGUUGACUUGAUCUCUUAUCAAGUAACCAAAAUAGGCAGAGUUGAAGUAAAAGAAGUCACAGAGGGUACAGGCGGGAAGUGCGGCUCGUCCAUGCUGAAUAUGCGCUUCCGCCGGCAUCUGAAACAAACUCAUGGAGACAAGUACUGGACUGAUGAGAGACUCGUAAUAGCUUUGAGUGAGUUCGAGUCGUUCAAGAAGACCUUUUCUCCCAAGGGCGAACCUUUGACUCUCAAAGUUGAUCCCAGUCUUGGCCUACGACGGAACCGAUAUACUAUGACACAAGACGAUAUGAAAACCAAAAUCUUUGAGCCCAUCAUGAAGGAUGUUGUGUGUCUUAUCAAGGAACAGAUCAAGAUGGCGGGAGAUGGUGUCGCCGCGGUGAUUAUGGUUGGAGGAUUCGGGCAAAGUCGAUAUUUGAAGUCACGCGUACGUGAUGCAAUAUCCAGCCGAACAGAUGUUCUUCAACCAGAAAGCGGCUGGACGGCGGUGGUAAAAGGUGCCGCGAUGCAUGGGCUCAGUCGAUAUCAACCCGCAGGCACCCGGGUGGAGGUUGCAUCUCGAAUUGCAAGACGAUCGUUCUGGUCGGAAAAGGAGCAAGAAACAGUCGUCUCAGAAAUGUGUUGGUUUAUUCAGAAGGGUGAGUCGUACCCAGAAGGCAAACCGUCACGGAUAGAAUACCAAUGCGAUCUCCCGGUAAUGCUUGGCCAUGUGCCACAAACGGAGAUCGAUAUUUACAGCAACAAUAAUGAUGGGAAAGCUCCCGUCCAUCUCGACGAAACAACGCAGCACAUCGGAACGCUCUCACUUGACCUAAGAAAGAUCCCAGAAGCAGUCAAGAGAACUGCGAAGAUCAGGCGCAUGGGUUGGCAUCGGUACUAUUGUCUGAAAGGGGCCAUUGAAGCCGUGUACGGGUCAGCGGAGAUCACGUACACAGUCAAACUUGGAGGAAUAACACAUGACAUGAUCAGUGAUGCCAAUCUUGAUCAUUCAUCUUUGAAGCAACAAGAUACAGCCGCACCCAACGAUGCUGCAUGCAUCAUGGCGGCCAAUCUGCACUUAAGGGCGGCUGUACCAGAUCAUGGACAACCGGCCGGUAAAGUCGUUGCUGGCCCUCCUCCAUCAACCUUAGCUGCGCAGCUUGUGGAGAAUAUUUCAGCAUCCACGAAAUCUUCCAAAUCAGAUGAGAACAGUGAACUCAAAGGCUUCUUUGCUAUUAUUCAACGUGUCAAAGAUGAUCCGACUCUUCUCAAGACACCAGAGGACCGAGUUGAGCACAAUCAUAUGCUUAUUUACGUUUACUCAAGAGCUGUUCUUGAAGGAAUUCGAUUAGAUGACCCAUUUCUUGACCGAACACAAGUACGGACAGAAGGCCUCAAGGCCAUCAGUUUUCUCAGGUUCUCCAUCAAAGAAACUCCUGCAGUUUUAAAACAUAGAGUGGGUGAGCAAGAGUAUAUGUUCCGUGGGCGGGAGCCAUUAUGGGUUUGGCUGCUUCCUCAGCUGCUCAGACUUCUUGGCCAUUCCCAGUGUCUUGAACUCACAGAAGCAAUAGAAGGCUUCCUCCAGUAUACAAUGCUAAUAAUAGCACAAAACUGGAUCCUGUGGGAUAUGGCGCCAUCGUUCUUAUUCUAUCUGCGUACCAUCACAUCUCAUAUCCUUCAACAGCUUCAAGACCCUCUCCUAAUUCCAUCAGUGGAAGAGAGUUUCAAGACACUUUCUCUUCCUCCUCAAAUUGCUCUCAGCCAAUUCGUUGAGAAGGAGUCGCCCUUCACAAGCCAACUUACAUAUUCUGUUGACCAAAUGUCACAAGCGCUGCACCAACUGAUCAGCUUUUGCAAAGUGGUGGCAUAUCCUCUAACAGCUUCAGAUGAUGCCUUUGAUAACGUUACCUCCUUCUCGGAGAGUGUGGUAUGGUUGAUUGAUGUCCUAGGGGACAUGCGGGUUAUCCAGACCCGGUACGGUAGCAACUUUCCUGCCUCUUCACUUUAUGUUCUCCAACUGGCUCAGGAAAUUGAGCGAGCACUACUGAGAAGAAAAGGCAUCAGCGCUUCUGUUCAUAAGAAGGCCAUCACUCUCAUGGGACAGAUCUUUGGGCCAAAGCUGCUCUCCUCAAACUUACACCCUCUGUGUUUUGAGGAUGCUGCAGUGCAAGAGAUCAUCGAGACCAUGGGGCUGAACUACGAGCCUCCCCACACAGGUUCACAAGACCGUCCCAAACGCCGAAAAAUAGCACAGACAGACUCUAGCCCUAUGGCGGUCCUCAUGAGACGUUUGGGUGAUGUUAUAGGGGUUGUGGAUGUGGGUGAUGAGUUUCUUGAUCUUGAGAAUCAGAUAUUGGGAGCCUUUCCAAAAGCCGACAUAUCCCGUCAAUGUCUCAUGCUUGAUUUGCUAUCGCGGAUAUCUUGCGCGGCGGACGGUGGCAACGAGACAAUGAAUGAUGCAAAAGCAGCAGUGGCAGAAACAGCCUGCUACAUUUGUGAACACAAUGCACCCCCAGUCCGAUCAAACCUUCAUGGAGCAAUCGUGCAUAAAUCCCGAACGGAGGCACUCUUCACCAAACUGAUCCGACUCCCCGCUCUUGCUGAGUCUCGGCGUCCGAGGGUUGCUGCCAUGUUGGCUAUAAGGAGAGUGAUUCUCCACUGUGAAGAUACUGAAUUGCUUAACCUGGAAACAUCUGGGAUAGGCCAGUGGUGUCUUCAGUCCUUAAACAGCUCUGUGCGGGAGCUGAGGGUAGCUGCCGGGCGUGUCUUGGCUACCUUCUCUUUGGCCAGGCCAGAGCCCAUUCUUUCCAGCAUGGUUCUUCCGGCUCGACCAGCAGAAGCCAAUGGUAUUGGGAACCCACGAGUGAAUCAGGCUCAGGCGACCUUCACAGACGGCAAUUUCCGGACAAAUGUAUCAAAUGGAUCAUCUCUUAUGAAAACGCAAGAUUUGAUCUCGCGCAAUAGAAAAAACUCGAUUGCUUUCCUGAAAUCAAUCUCAGAUAAGAACCAGCCUAAUUUGACUGAAACGUUUAUCAUGGCAUGGGGUCAAUUAGGAACAGUGGUCUGGGAACACGAACUCAACUUGGUUCUCAUCAAGCUUUUGGAUUACUUGGGAAGCAACAACAAUAUCGUGUCAGCUUGCGCCUUCAAUGAGCUAUUGAACCUAGCUGAUGCUCGUCGAGUAACCCCACGCAGGCUUUUCGAGCCUUUCUGGCCAAGCCUAGCAUACAUGACCACCAAAGACAUGGUCCAACGCCCUCAAAUGAGCCGGACAAUUGCUGAAUUGCUACAAGUGUCUGUCAACGAGUUACUCCUCCUCAUUCAAACUCACGCACUGCCGUGGCUUGUGCUUGACAAGCAAAAAGACGUUAUCCAAAAGAUUGCGGAGGCACGGCAGGAGUCCGAGGUUUGGCUACCAUUAAUCGACCCUGCGAACCUAGCGGCAACUCUGGCCUUGCUCUUGGUUCAAGAUACAGACGAUAUCGCUAGUUUCGCGAAAUCUCGCCUCGAAGAAUUGUCGACGCAUUUUCAAACCGAGCCCCUCGUCAACCUGCUUCAGGUGGAACCAGUGCUCACUGUCAUAGAGUUACUUAAAGCUGCCGGCGACGCAGAUGAAACAAAAAAGGCACCAGUUCGCAAAGCUUUAGACACCAUGGCGAAAAUGAUGAUCCCAGCAAACAAAGAAACCCGAGCUAAGAAGUCGGAUCACACUGCCCGGUUUAUUCAUUCACAACUUCUUGGCCUUAUGGCAUGUCUCUUCGAUGUUAUCAAUGACCAGAGCCUUCCUGACCCAGAGCGUCGGCGCUACAUUCGGGCUAUGGAGGAAAUGAUCAGGGUGUCGAGGGGCUAUGCAAGCACCGCCAGACCGCAAAUGUCUGCUUGUUUGCUCUCGACACUGGCACAAGAUGCACUUAGAGAAGCAAGUUUCUCAUGUUGGGCAUCGAUGCUCACACACCUUGAGGAGACAGAUGUCGAGGCAUUAUUAGAAACAACAUUUUUCGUCGUCACCCGUUACUGGCCCUUCAUGAACGAGUCAACAGCUCUUCUAGCGCAGCAAAUGCUCAAGUCUCUCGUCGAUGAAUUUGACCAUCUUGUUGCGAAGUACAUCGUCAAGCUCCCUUCGCUGAGGCACAUUCCAGAGUUGAGGGACAUCGAGACAAAGAUGGAUCAGCAUAGACCAGCAACACUCGCGGUUGAAGAGGUUUUGGAAGCUUUCGCUGAGAGAAUUUGCCACGAAAACUCCGGUGUUGCCCUUCAAGCAUUGACAGAACUGAUACCAUACCUUCAGGAAAACCAAGCGGCACUUCAUACAUCUGAUAUGAGUCUACAGUCAGAUAUUGGCGUUGUCGCACUUAUGCGGUCGCUCCUGGAUUGUGCAAGUAAAUACAGCGGCUUCCCAGGAGACAUAGCGCGCCUAUGUACAGAAGCAAUGGGCUUAAUAGGCUGUCUGGACCCCAGUAAGAUCGAAACUGUUAGAGAGCAACGAUCAAUAGUCAUAUUGAACAAUUUUGCGACGAAUGAAGAAACAACGGACUUCGUUCUGUUUCUUCUGGAAGAGGCCCUGGUGCCAGCAUUCUUAUCCACGACUGAUGUUAAGUUCCAGGGAUUCUUGUCUUUUGCUAUGCAGGAACUCAUGGCCAGGUGCGACAUCAAAGCUGCUUGUGCCAUGGAAAACUCAGGGAUGAAAGGUGGAAACGAUAUCUAUCGAAAAUGGGUUGCAAUGCCGGAAACUGUUCGGGAAGUGGUGGCACCCUUUCUAGCCUCCCGGUAUGUCGUUGCUCCAAUGCCACACACCGAGAUCGAGUAUCCGCUCUUUCGUCCUGGCAGGCCCUAUCCGAGUUGGCUCAGGGUUUACGUUCUGGACCUUCUACGUAAGGGGCAGACGCCAUUUGCUGAUUUGAUAUUCGAGCCUCUGGCGCGUGUCAUUCGCGUUAAAGAUCUCUCUAUUGCCGAAUUCAUCCUUCCCUAUAUAGUCCUGCAUACUCUUUUAGGGUCUCGGACUACACAGCAAGAAAGGGACGAUAUUCUCGGAGAACUUCUUGCUAUCUUGCAAUAUCAGCCUGCUGAGACGGCAUCGUAUCAGGAGAAGGAGGAUAUGCGGCGAUACUGUCAUCUUGUAUUUCGCGUUGUAGACUACGCAAUGAGAUGGAUGCAAACUAGGCGAGCAGCCGGUCGCCUCACUGAAACUGACAGGGAGAGGCUAGCUCAAGUGCAGGAAGCUCUCGAUCUGAUCCCAGCCGAACUCAUAGCACAAAGGGCUGUCGAUUGCAAUGAAUACGCACGUGCUCUUUUUCAUUUAGAGCAACAUGCCCAUAAAAUGGAACAGAGGAAGAAAGAACCAGGGGAGCGUACCCGUCUCUUACAAAAACUUCAAGAUAUCUAUGCCAAUGUCGAUGAGCCUGAUGGCCUUGAUGGAAUUUCAGCUCAUUUGCAAGUUCUUGACAUAAACCAACAGAUUCUGAGUCAUCGCAAAGCAGGCAGGUGGACUGCUGUUCAGAACUGGUACGAGAUGCAACUCGCUGAGAACCCUGACAACACGGAUAUCCAGAUCGAGUUGCUUCAUUGCCUGAAGCAGGCUGGUCAGCACGAAGGAUUGUUGAAUCACAUCGAGGGUAUGCACACCGAUGCAUCAACGGACAACAAGAUCAUGCCUUACGCAGUAGAGGCGGCAUGGGUUACAGGAAGGUGGGAGAGCCUUACCAAAUUCGCUCAACGGUUUCGCGGUGACCCUAUUGAAGACUUCAACAUCUCGAUUGCCACCCUUUUCGAAAAGCUGAGGGCCAAAGACAAGCCUAAAGAGCUCAUUAAGAUAAUGAAGGAUAUAAGAGUCAAAAUUUCAUCAUCGAUGAACGCCGCAUCCACCUCAUCGCUACAAGCCUGUCAUGACCUCCUUCUUAAAUCACAUGUUCUUACGGACGUGGAAAUCAUAAUAGGAACAAAAGCGGGUGACGAAGUCGCACGCCAAACAACAGCAGCCCUCCUAGAACGGAGACUCGAAAUUAUAGGUGCUUACAUGAACGAAAAGCAAUAUCUUCUUGGUAUUCGCCGUGCCACCAUGGAGUUGACUAGACCUACAUUCACGGACCUAGACAUUUCUGGGCUAUGGCUCUCGAGUGCACGCCUAGCCCGGAAGUCAAACUCGCUUCACCAGUCUUUCAACGCUAUUCUCCACGCUUCGAAGCUAGGCGAUGAUGCGGCUACUAUUGAGAAUGCCAAGCUUCUUUGGAGAGAAGAUCAGCACCGAAAGGCAAUACAGGUUUUGCAGGGAGCAAUCAAGAGCAACAAGUUCAUGACACAAACAGGGACAGCAAACAGCACAAGUUCAAGCAAGUUGAGUCCACAACAGAAGCUCUUGACGGCUAGGGCGCAGCUGCUGCUUGCCAAAUGGCUUGAUAGCGCCGGGCAGACACAUGCCGGUGCAUUGCGUGAAAAAUAUCAGCAGCCGCCCAAGACCUUCUCGACUUGGGAAAAGGGGCAUUAUUAUCUUGGCCGUCAUUACAAGAAGAUCCUCGAAGCUGAAAAGCCGCUCAAAGCCGAUGACCAGAGCGAUAACUACAUCACCGGCGAAGUCGCUAGACUCGUCAUCGAGAACUAUGUCCGUUCACUUAACUCAGGCACCAAAUAUCUUUACCAGACUCUCCCACGAAUUUUAACUCUCUGGCUUGACCUUGGUGCCCAAGUAGACAAGGCACCAGAAGGCAAAGCAUCGCUUUCUCGCGAGCUUCACCGAAGACGCGUUGAGCAACUCAAUCUUUUGCACUCUUUCCUUGACAAAUACAUCCAUAGGCUGCCGGCGUAUAUCUUUUAUACAGCUUUGCCACAGAUUGUUGCCCGCAUUGCCCACCCAAACUCGAGCGUUUUUGACCGGCUGACACACAUCAUUGCCAAGGUCGUGGAAGCUCAUCCUCGGCAAGCGCUUUGGAGCCUUAUUGGCAUCAUGACUACAAGACAAGUGUCAGAAAGAAAGGCACGAGGCACCCAGAUCCUUCAAACACUCAGGAACAUAUCGAAGAAAGUUGAGGGCUCUACGACCGAUUUCAAACACCUGCUCAGGAUGGGAGAGAAAUUAGCCGAACAGCUGCUUCUUGCAUGCCAAAACGGAGACUUCCGGGGCAACAAGACUGUUCAUGCCAGCCUGGGUAAAGAUCUUCGAUUCAAUCAUAAAUGCACACCAUGUCCGUUGGUCGUGCCUGUCGAGAGCUCUUUGACGGCAACGUUACCGGCUGUGUCAGAGUAUGUUAAAAAGCACAAGGCGUUUUCUAGAGAUGUUGUUACGAUUGACUCCUUUCUGGACGAUGUGCUCGUGCUGAGCUCGCUGGCUAAGCCAAGACGGCUUACGACACGAGGGAGUGAUGGCAAAAGCUACAUGCUUCUGAUCAAGCCCAAAGAUGACUUGCGAACUGACCAGCGUCUUAUGGAAUUCAAUGGAUUGAUCAAUCGGUCGUUGAAACGAGAUGCGGAAUCCAGCCGGAGACAGCUUUACAUUCGAACAUAUGCUGUAACGCCACUCAAUGAAGAGUGCGGAAUCAUCGAAUGGGUUCCAGGAAUCAAAACGAUGCGAGACAUUCUCAUCAACCUUUAUGCUUCCCGAAAGAUUUACCCCGACUACACGGUUCUUAAGCAAUUCAUGGAUGAAGCAUGUUUAUCAGACGGCAAAACCAGGAUAUUUACUGAUGAGGUCCUGGGGAGAUUUCCUCCGGUACUUCAGCUGUGGUUCACGCAACAGUUCCCUAGUCCGUCAACGUGGUUUGCUGCGCGCUUAAAAUAUACACGGUCGUGUGCUGUCAUGUCCAUGGUAGGCACCAUCCUAGGGCUUGGCGAUAGACAUGGCGAGAACGUGAAUUUGGAGGAGGGUAAUGGUGGAGUAUUCCAUGUCGAUUUCAAUUGUCUCUUUGACAAGGGCCUGACAUUUGCCAAACCUGAAAGAGUGCCGUUCCGCCUUACCCACAACAUGGUGGCUGCGAUGGGUAUAUAUGGUUAUGAAGGACCAUUUCGCAAGUCUUGCGAGCUGACUCUGGGCAUUCUUCGUCAGCAAGAGGAGACUCUAAUGACAAUUCUCGAGGCGUUCAUCUACGAUCCAACGCUGGAUCUACAAAAGGAGAAACGGGCACAUCGGCGAGGAGAUGUGGGCGUCAAGCUACAGCCUCAAAGCGUUGUAGACAGUAUCAAGCGCAAAGUCAGGGGUUUGCUUCCAACUGAAAGCAUUCCUUUGGGCGUUGAGGGUCAGGUGGAGGAAUUGAUCAAACAAGCGGUUGAUCCAAGAAAUUUGGCUGCAAUGUAUAUAGGCUGGUGUCCGUUCCUGUAA